UCGGUCCUAUACGUCACUUCCGGCGGGGAGACAAAAUGGCGUCCCGAGAGUCCCGGGCCCUGAGGCGUGUGGAGCGGCAGCAGCAGCUGCGCCUGCUCUGGGAUCCUUAGAGCCGCGGGUGGCGGCGAAGACGGCAGGCUCAGGACUCAUGUAAUCAAAGGAGUUUCUUUGUUGUGUGUAUCUUUACAGAACACAACAGGAAUUCAAAAUGAAUCAGAACACUCUUGAGUCUUUGGAAGCCCCAGAGACCCUGGCUGAUGUACCUGAACAUGUGUUUCGAGGGCUUCCUGAGGAAGUGAGGCUUUUUCCAUCUGCUGUUGACAAGACACGGAUUGGUGUCUGGGCUGCAAAGUCAAUUUUAAAAGGGAAAAAGUUUGGCCCAUUUAUUGGUGACAAGAAGAAGAGAUCUCAAGUGAAGAACAAUGUGUACAUGUGGGAGGUAUAUUAUCCAAACCUGGGAUGGAUGUGUGUUGAUGCCACUGAUCCAGAGAAGGGGAAUUGGCUUCGGUAUGUGAACUGGGCCCGAUCAGGAAAGGAACAAAAUCUGUUUCCACUGGAAAUCAACAGGACCAUUUACUAUAAAACUUUGAAGCCAAUUGAGCCGGGCGAGGAGCUGCUAGUGUGGUACAAUGGGGAAGACAACCCGGAGAUAGCAGCUGCUAUAGAGGAAGAGAGAGCCAAUACCCGGAGCAAGCGGAGCUCGCCGAAAGCCAAGAAAGGGAAGAAAAAAUCCCAGGAGGGUAAAAAUAAGGCAAACAGGACCGGAGACAAAGCAAAACUAAAGAAAAGUGAAACUGACUCAGCUUCUGCGAAUAUGAGGGAUUCUGAAGAAGGGCCUAAAGAAGAAGAAGAGAAGCCUUCAGCUUCAGCAGUGCUCUCUCUAGAACAGACAGCUGUUAUUCAGGAGAUGGUAAAUCAAGAUGCGCUUCCCAAAUUAAUAAUCCCUCCUCCUGUCUCUGAGCCUCAAACACUGCCAGAAGGGACACCUGAAGUAGUACAUUGUGGAUCAGAUGACUUAGAGGAGGAAGAGGAGGAGGAUGAAGAGGAGGAAGAAGAGGAGGAAGGGGAAGAAGAUGCUAAUAUGCCAAAUGAAAGUUCUGAGAGAGAGCCAGAAAUAGGGUGUGAAGAAAAGCAAGGAAUAUCAGAGGAAAAUACAGGAAAUACAACAGAAGAAAAUCUAGAUGGCUCUCUUGAAGUAAUGCCAGUUGUCAAAAUCCCUAAAACAAAGGGGGAUUCCAAUGGUGAUGUAUUUGAAACAUUCAUGUUUCCUUGUCAGCAUUGUGAAAGGAAGUUUACAACCAAACAAGGACUUGAACGUCACAUGCAUAUCCAUAUAUCUACUGUCAAUCAUGCUUUCAAAUGCAGGUACUGUGGAAAAGCUUUCGGUACCCAAAUUAACAGGAGAAGGCAUGAAAGACGUCAUGAAGCAGGGCCAAAAAGGAAACCAACACUACAACAGCCUGAUGACAUAGACAGCCCAGCGUUCGGAGAUGAUAGAAGUCUUCAAGAUGAAUCAAAUGCUUCCAGUCUUUUGCAAGAUUGCAUGAUUUUGGAUUCAGAGAGAGUUUCCCAAGAAAUUGCUGUUUCUUCUGUUGCUGAAGAGAAUGGAGACCUCAAAGAACUGCAUCCAUGCAAAUACUGUAAAAAGGUUUUUGGAACACAUACAAACAUGCGGAGGCAUCAGCGUAGGGUUCAUGAACGUCAUCUGAUUCCUAAAGGAGUACGGAGAAAAGGAUUCUUACUCGAAGAACCACAGCUUCCAGCAGAGCAGACCCAGCCGACUCAGAAUGUAUAUAUAGCCAGCACAGAGCUAGAAGAAGAAGGAGAAUCAGAUGAUGUCUACAUUAUGGAUAUUUCCAGCAAUAUCUCUGAGAAUUUAAAUUAUUAUAUUGAUGGGAAAAUUCAGUCUAAUAGCAGCACUAGUAAUUGUGAUGUGAUUGAAAUGGAGUCUAAUCCUGCAGACUUGUAUGGCCUAAACUGUUUGCUUACUCCUGUUACAGUGGAAAUUACUCAGAGUAUAAAGACUUCUCAAGUGCAUGUAGCAGAGGAUCUUCCCAAGGACUCCUCUAGUAGCACAAAUAGUGAUUCAAAGAAGCGGAGAACCACUAGUCCACCUUUUUUACCUAAAAUAAAGGCAGAAACUGACUCGGAACCUAUCACACCAUCCUGUUCCUUAAACUUACCUCUCAGCAUAUCUGCUACAGAGACUGCUCCUUAUCAUAAAGAGAAAAGUGUUUUUUUGUCUUCAAAGCUCAAACAACUUCUUCAAACGCAAGAUAGUAACAAGCUAACAGCAGUUAUAUCUGCAACAGACAUCCCUAAAUUAGGUUCCUCUGUAUCAUCAUCUUCUUCUAUUUUGCCUGUAUCAUCGAGUAGAUUUAAGCGAAGAACCAGCUCUCCUCCUAGUUCUCCACAGCAUAGUCCUGCUCUUCGAGAUUUCGGGAAACAGAGUGAGGGCAAAGCCGCAUGGAAUGAUUCACCUGUUAGUUCUAAAAUACCCAAAUUAGAAAGCCACAGCAGUUCACCUGCCUGGAGUUUAUCUGGUAGGGAAGAGAGAGAUACUGUGAGCCCUUCAUGCUUUGAUGAUUACAAAAUGUCUAAAGACUGGGCAACUAGCACCACUUUUGGUAACGUAUGCAACCAGCAGCCCCUGGAUUUAUCGAGUGGUGUAAAGCAGAAGUCUGAGCUUAUGGGAAAGGCUCAGGUCCCUUGGGAAUCUGUAUUAGAUCUUAGUGUGAAUAAGAAAUCUUGUGGUGACAUGGAUAUUAAGGAAUACAAAGAGAACAACUCAGUUCAGCCUACCUGUAGUGGCAUAAAGAAGAAGAAACCAACCACCUGCAUGUUACAAAAGGUUCUUCUCAAUGAAUACAAUGGCAUAGAUUCAAGCUUGGAAAAGGCUCCAGAUGAAAAUCGGAGCCCAAGUCCUUGUAAAUCACUAGAUCCCCAGCCAGAACCUGAUCUCGACCCGGAUUCUAGUUUAUCUGCCCCAGUUGCUCAUUCCUCUCCUUGCACUUCUCCAUCACCUCUACCACAGACUUCUGUGUCUUCUGCUCAGUUGCCUCCUCUCCUGAUUCCAACAAUUCCAUCUUCUCCUCCACCUGGCCCACCUGUAUUAACUGUUGCUACACCUCCUCCACCUCUCCUUCCUACUCUUCCUUUACCACUUCCAGCUCCAUCUUCCAGUGUUUCUCCUCCUUCAUGUCCCUCACCACUUUCUAACACCACUACACAGUCACCACUUCCCAUUCUCUCACCUACAGUGUCUCCAUCAGCAUCUCCUGUUCCAUCUGUUGAGCCUCUGAACUCUGCAGCUUCACCUGGGCCACCUAUACUUUCUUCUUCCUCUUCCUCCUCCUCUUCCUCCUCCUCUUCCUCCUCCUCUUCCUCCUCUUCUUCCUCCUCCUCCUCCUCCUCCUCCUCCUCUUCCUCUUCAUUCUCAUCUUCAUCUUCAUCCUCUUCCCCAUCACCACCACCCCUCUCAGUGGUUUCAUCUGUUGUUUCAUCUGGUGAUAACUUGGAAGCACCUCUCCCUCUGUCUUUCAAACAAGAAGACACAGAGAAUGAGGAUCAGAAACCAAGUGACGAUCCACAGACAUCAGGUGAACAGGAUAUUGUUCAGGAAACAUUCAGUAAAAACUUUAUUUGUAAUGUUUGUGAAUCCCCCUUUCUUUCUAUUAAAGAUCUAACCAAACAUUUAACUCUUCAUGCCGAAGAAUGGCCCUUCAAAUGUGAAUUCUGUGUGCAACUGUUUAGGGACAAAACAGGCUUGUCAGAACAUCGUUUUUUGCUGCAUGGAGUUGGGAAUAUAUUUGUGUGUUCAGUCUGUAAAAAAGAAUUUGCCUUCUUGUGCAAUUUGCAGCAGCACCAGCGAGAUCUCCAUCCAGAUAGGGAGUGCACACACCAUGAGUUUGAAAGUGGCACUCUCAGGCCCCAGAAUUUUACAGACCCCAGUAAGGCCAAGGCAGACCAUGUUCACAGUCUACCAGAACAUCCUUUAGAAGCUUCUAAAGAGGAAGAGGAGGAGGAGGAAGAGGUAAAUGAUUCUUCAGAAGAGCUUUAUACUACCAUAAAAAUAAUGGCUUCUGGAGUAAAGUCAAAAGAUCCAGAUGUUCGACUGGGUCUCAAUCAGCACUACCCAAGCUUUAAACCACCUCCAUUUCAAUAUCAUCACCGAAACCCUAUGGGCAUUGGGGCUACAGCCACAAAUUUCACCACUCACAACAUCCCACAGACCUUUACUACUGCUAUCCGCUGCACCAAAUGUGGGAAAGGUGUUGACAACAUGCCUGAAUUACACAAGCAUAUCUUGGCAUGUGCUUCAGCUAGUGACAAAAAGAGGUACACACCCAAGAAAAAUCCAGUACCACUGAAACAGACUGUACAACCCAAAAAUGGUGUGGUGGUUAUAGAUAACUCUGGGAAAAAUGCCUUUAGACGUAUGGGGCAACCCAAAAGACUAAAUUUUAGUGUUGAACUCAGCAAAAUGUCCUCUAACAAGCUCAAACUAAGUGCACUGAAGAAGAAAAAUCAGUUAGUUCAUAAAGCAAUCCUGCAAAAAAAUAAAUCUGCCAAGCAAAAAGCAGACUUCAAAAAUAACGAUUCAGAUUCUCACUCACAUAUUUGCCCUUACUGUGAUCGCGAGUUCACUUAUAUUGGAAGCCUGAAUAAACAUGCAGCUUACAGCUGUCCUAAAAAGCCAAUUUCUUCUUCCACCAAAAGAAGUACUUCUCAUUCGUCUAAGAAAGGUGGGAUCUCAUCACCUGCAAGCAGUGAGAAAAAUAGCAACCAGCGAAGACGGACAGCUGAUGCUGAGAUUAAAAUGCAGAGUAUGCAAACCCAGUUAGGUAAGACCAGAGCACGGAGCUCAGGGCCCACCACAAAUCCAUUGCCCUCUCCAUCCUUUAGAGCAAAACAGAAGGUAAAAUUCGUACCUUCAGCAAAAUCCAAAAAAUCAAGCUCCUGUUCUCUGAGGAACUCUAGUCCUGUAAGAAUGGCCAGAAUGUCUCAUAUGGAGGGGAAGAAAUCGAAAGCAGUAGCCAAGAACCAUUCUGCUCAGCUCUCCAGCAAAGCAUCCCGGAACCUGCAUGUCAGGGUACAGAAAAGCAAAGCUGUUUUACAAAGCAAGCCUGCUUUAGCGAGCAAGAAAAAGUCAGACAGGUUCAGUGUCAAAUCUAGAGAAAGGAGUGGAGGGCCCAUCACUCGAAGUUUGCAGCUGGCAGCCUCUGCAGAACUCACUGAAAACAAGAGGGAAGAGAGCAAUACAAAACAGGAGCUCAAGGACUUCAGGAACCUCCUGUAAAAACAAAACAAAACAAUCUUAAUUGACAAAGUAAAGCUAUUGCAUGCUCAACUUAGGAUAAGCACUACGACAAUGGAUAUGAAAUCCACCAAGCUUUCAAGACCGGUUGAAGCUGACUCAAAAAAUCUUAAAUCCAACCGUGAUUGCCUGCAGGCUUUGUGCUAAUGUUGUUAGUGUCAGGCAUAUGUUUCUUCCCGUGGCGCCUGAUGCGUGCUGGGCUACAGGAUGAUUCAGAGAUGCAAAGAAAAGGGUACUGUAAAAAUGGGCAGAGGUGAACUGAAUCUGUCAUCACUGGACCGAUAACUCAGAUUUUAGUGUUGCCCUGCUUUUGUUGAAUGGCACAGAGAAAGACAAUUUGAAUUUAUUCUUGCAAAGCAAGUUCCCUGUUUUAUCAAUAGCGUCUUGUAGAUUCAGGGAUGACAAAUUCUUAUGCACUCAUUUUAAAGUAUUUUGGUCACAUUGUCUCGAUGCCUUCUUUUAAAUGAAUUAGUAGAAGGAAAGGAAUUGAAAUUGUCAGGAUUCUCCCUACCCCAUUUCGUUUCUUUUUUUUUCCCCUAUCACGUGUGGAUUGCCAGCAUAAUUUUGAGGAAACCAGGUUGAAUUUGGACUCUUUUAUGCAUUUCCUAAUUUCCUGUUUAUGUAUCCAAAUGGAAACUAUCCUCUACAGAUUAUUACCUGGCACUAAUUUAUAACUAGAAUAUUAUUGGAUGCUGUGCAGCAUUUUAUUAAUGCACAGGAUAAAAGAAAGCAGGUCUGUCUAAAUGUAUGCCUCUACACAUAAAUAUUAAAUGAAUUUACUGUACCAGGUCUUACACUUCACUCUCUUAUUGAGAUUAAAAGUAACAAAUUGGUCUCCUUAAGUAUAUGACUGUUGGGAAAUAUUUUACCCUGCAUUUCUAUGAUGCCCUUUUCAGAAAGGGUCAAUGACUGAGUUGGUGGAAAUGGCUAGUUUCAUUCGCAUACUCUAUUUGUUUUUGACUUUUAAAAGUAAUCUACCUCUUAAAAUUUGUAGUUUAAUACUUGUUUGGUGAAUUUGUGCCACUUUAACUCUUUCACUAUCAUUCCCAUUUUGUUACAUUUCUGUUAUGGGGACUUUAUGUUGAAAUAUUGUAUAAAGCAUUUGUAGCAGUUUAAAAAAUAAAAUAUUUAAAAUUAUUUAAAUGGUUUUGGACACUUCAAUUGUAUUAUAUGUGAUUUACAUUUUACAUUAAUUUUUUGUUUUAUUUUGAGUUGUUAAUCUGGAGAGUGUGCCUGUAUUUGAAGUUUGCUGUUAGUUACAUUACUGUUUCUUGUUGAAGAGUGAUCUAAAGACUAUUCUAAUGCAAACAUUAAAAUUUACAAUUUGAUGUACAAAUGGGGUUGUCCCUUUGCUUUUAACCAAUGUACUAUUGACAGAAAGUUUAAGUACAGGUAGAAGACUAAAGAGUCGUGCUUGCUGUCCCCCUCAUCCCGCAGCAUGAAAUAAAUUUUGUGAACCUUUCAGAUUGAUAAAAAGAUCUUUUAUGCUGUUGCAAACACUUAAUGACCAGCUAGAUGGGCUCUGAUGAUACGUUUUAUAUAAUUGUAACCAAUAAAGUAAACUUUCUAAACACUUGUGAAAGGCUUUCAUUUUGUGUAGAAAUCCAGACAGUCCAAAAGAAAACAAGGUACAUGGCAGAGGACUUUUGAAAGCCUGCGUUCAGUAAGAGCAGUGCAAUAAAACAAACAAAAACAACAACAACAAAACCUACCCCACAGUUUUUUUCUCUCUCUGUGGCAUUGAGCUAAAGAUGUAUUAAUUGAGACACUGCACCAAAUGGUGACUGCAGUAUAAUAGCAUGGUGCUAAUGAGGACUCUGUGAACUAUGAAUGUCUGCAAGACAAGUGAAUUUCAUACACAUAGCACUUGUUUUAAACAUUGCUCUGUUUUAUUCUUGUUGACAUUUUACCUUUAAAAAAGUUGAUGUAGUAAUUUUAAAUUAUAUGAAUCUCAUGAAACUAGGAACAAUUGUAACAUGUUUAAUAUUUCCAAUGGCUAUAUUUACACCUGCUUUAAAAGCUCAGUGCUACUCAGGCAGAAAGGGAAGUUAAAAAUAGUGGCCUAGCUAUUCUGUGCUAUAUAGCCAGGUUUCUGCCUAGUGGAGAUGAUCCAUAGUAUUAACAGUGUACCUGUUUCACUGAAACUUACUUAGUAUAUACUAGUGACAUACUGUUUAUUCUUUCAUCUGCUUGACUGCCCAUUCCGUAGAACUGCCUCAGACCCAUUACAGUUCAUAUGAAUAACUUCUGUGAUCCUUGGUAUGCUUUUAAUACUCUUCUGCAUUUGGCUAAUUGUUGGGACGAAUGUUUUCCCUUUGAUCAACUUUGGAAUUACCUUGCCCACUGCGAGCUUGCCCUGGAAUACCAUUCAGUCUAGAUCUGCAGAUUCCUGGUGAUAAUGUAGUGGACGUCAGGACAGUCUUCUUACUCGCUUUAAGCCUAGUUUAUUGUGCCAAUGCAUCCUGUUUUUAGCUCCAUCCAAGUUAAAUGUAUCGCUGGAAUUCUCUUUAAGGUCCUGGAACUGAUUCUUUGCUGUAAAGGAUGCUGACAGAAGGAAAGCACUACCAAGAAUUGAGAUAUGGGUACCUUUUUGACAGUAAGGCUCAUUAACUGGGGUGGCUGGUUUGAAUCUCUUUAGACUUAAAAAUCCGAAGACUUAAAAAACUUUUCAUGGAAGGAGCAUGUCCUUGUUGGUAUUUUAAAGUGUCAAUUUGUGGUGUUCAUUACAAAUUCAUCUUUAUUCUCCUUGUUCUCAUUUGAAUGUUAAAAAUUUGCUUUCAAGCAAAAUGAGCUAUGGAUUCAAUCAAAUGUUGCUUGAUGGUUGUUUUUUUCCAAAUUUUUUUUUUAAUCUGAGUUUGGUGGUUUUAUUUUUGUAACUUAAAAAAAAGAACAGGUGAGGGUUUUAAACCUUCAGAAGGAUAUUUGCAGCAUAGUGGAAAGAGUAUUGGACUUGGAAAUGAGAGGCUGGGAUAUUUGAAUCUCAUUUCUGACACUUCCUAGCUGUGUGACCUUGGACAAGUAACUUUAAUCCUCAGCCUCAGUUCUUUGAUGUGUAAAAUGGGGAUCAUACCUGGAUAGUACCUACCUCACAGGGUUGUUGUGAGGAU